UUACAGUUUCAACGACGCAUCCUACGGCGCUGCAGCCACCAGUAGCUGGACUGUUCCACAAAUAUGGCUUACAAUCGGCGAGACGACGAUCUCGCGUACGGCGAAUAUCAUGGCCAGGGAGGGGGUGGGGAGGAAGGAGAGCGGGGCUUCAUUGGAGACAUGGGCAAGCGCAUCUUUGGAAGGAGGCCUCAAGACCAGCAACAAUCUGACGUCACCCAGACCUAUCAACCCCAUCUCGGCCAGCAAUCCUCGUCGCUUCAACACGGUUCGUCCUCCAACGAAGGCGGUAUGUCGUUCGUUUUCGAUAAACUGCACAGCGCUGUGCACUCCAUCGGCACCGAUAUCAAGGACAAGCUUUCAGGCAAGGAAGAGCCUCAAGGACACACUCAGCAAAGUGGUGCUUUGAGCCAGCCCCAGGGAGGCCAGGGCUUGCAGCCUGGUCAAGACUACCAUUCCCAACACCGUUUCCUUAGCUUUGCCCCAGAACGGCACGGAAAUGACAUCAAAUGGUAUGUCGACGGCUGCGGAUACAUGUGGGCUGUCUCGGUGGCUCUAGAGCGUGCCAGGGAGUCAAUCUGGAUCCUCGAUUGGUGGCUGUCGCCCGAAUUAUACCUCCGAAGACCGCCUGCCAAAUUCCAGCAGUAUCGAGUUGACCGCAUGCUCCAAGCUGCGGCUCAGCGAGGUGUUAAAGUCAAUAUCAUCGUUUACAAGGAGGUAACCCAAGCUCUGACCCUGUCCUCCGCCCACACGAAACACGCCUUGGAAAAUCUUCAUCCCAACAUUUCCGUCUUCCGACACCCUGACCAUCUCCCCGAUGCGAAGGUACUGCAGUCAUCAAUGUUCUCCUCUAUUCAAAACAUGACGUUUAGUCCCGCUAAGCUCGCCCAACUUCCUGGAGAUGGCCUCAAAGCCAUUUACGGAGCGAACCAGGAUACAAUCCUUUACUGGGCGCAUCACGAAAAGCUAUGUUUAGUUGACGGCGAAACGGCUUUCAUGGGUGGAUUAGACCUAUGUUAUGGACGCUGGGACACGAAUUCACACCCUAUUGCAGAUGCCCACCCGGGUGACCUGGACCGCAUUGUAUUCCCAGGUCAAGAUUUUAACAACGCGAGGAUCAUGGACUUUAAUGACGUUCCAAAUUGGGAGAAAAACAAGCUUGAUAGAACCCAAAGCUCUCGCAUGGGCUGGUCUGAUAUUUCCCUCUCUCUGACUGGCCCCGUAGUUCAAGACCUGCACACACAUUUCGCCCAGCGAUGGAAUUUCAUCUAUGGAGAGAAGUAUGGUAAGAAGGACACUAGAUAUCAGAGUCUCCCUCUGCCUGGAGGUGGUGCUCAGCAGGGCGGCUAUUAUCCACCCCCAUCGAUCCAGCAGCGAGGGAUGGACGGAGAGGAGGAAACUGAGCGCGGGCUUGGCGGUGGUGAUUAUGACGGUCAAGGUGGCGGGGAACGCGGCCUCUUUGGAAGUGGUCGAGGAGGUGGGCUCCGAGAGAAGCUCCACUCCCGCAUCAGCGAGGGCUACCAUCAAAUGGAGUCACAUUAUAGCCAGCAGGAGCAAGGCCAGUCACAUGCCACUCACACCGCCCAGCGAGGAGGAGUGGAAUGCCAAAUCACCCGGAGUUCUGCGAAGUGGAGUCACAACUUGGAUGCCACCGAGCACUCUAUCCAAAAUGCCUAUUGCGAGAUCAUCAAAAAUAGCAAGCACUUUGUCUACAUUGAGAAUCAGUUCUUCAUCACUGCCACCGGGGACGAGCAGAAACCGAUCAAAAACAAGAUUGGCGCUGCUAUCGUCGAAAGAAUCAUCCGUGCUGCUAGGGAUGGCGAGAAGUACAAGAUGAUGGUGAUGAUGCCUUCCGUUCCCGCAUUUGCAGGUGACCUCAAGGCCGAUGAUGCCCUUGGUACGCGGGCAAUCAUGGAAUUUCAAUAUGACUCGAUCAACCGUGGAGGACACUCCAUCUACGAAACAAUCGCCAAGGCUGGCUAUAACCCCAUGGAUUACAUUCGGUUCUAUAACCUUCGAAGUUACGACCGUAUCAACGCUAGUGGGGCCAUGCGUGCUGCCGAGGAGUGCAGUGGCGUCCCAUAUAGCCAGGCCCGUCAGGAGCAUGAUGCUGCCUACGGCAGCGGAUACCAAGAACCGCAAAGCGAGUAUCAAGCCUACCGACCGCCUCAGGAACAGCAGCCAGUCUAUGAGAUGGAUGCUGGGUAUGGACAGUCGCAAGGGCAAGGGAGGCCAGCUGUAUAUGAGCAGUAUCAGCAGGGCGCUGCUCAAAUUGGCAGCCGCAAAGGUCUUGGUAGUGGACGGUGGGAUUCGGUCAGUGAGUGCUAUAUGCUCGGCGGAGAGGACAUUCGCAAUGUCCCUUGGGAGGGUGGAGCUAUGGAUGAGAUUGACGCUUUUGUUAGUGAGGAAUUGUAUAUUCACAGCAAGCUUCUCAUAGCGGACGACCAAAUUGUCAUUUGCGGGUCUGCAAACUUGAAUGACCGCUCACAGCUUGGUGACCAUGAUUCAGAGAUCGCCAUUAUUGUACAAGAUAACGACACAGUUGACUCAUUCAUGGACGGCCGUCCUUGGCGUGCAGCCAAAUUCGCGUCAUCUCUCCGCAGGCAAAUCUUCCGCAAACACCUUGGCCUGCUGAAGCACCAGAUUAUGGAUCACCCAGACCAGAACUUUGAACCCAUCGGUGUACCAAACAUCUACGAUUGGGGCUCGGAGGAGGACAGGCAAGUUGCGGACCCCAUCUCCGAUGAAUUCCAAUCCCUCUGGAACUGGCGGGCAAAGACCAACACGGAUGCCUUCGCAAGGGUAUUCCACCCUGUCCCUUAUGAUGGUGUGAGGAGCUGGAAGCAGUACGACGAAUACUACGAGCGAUUCUUCCAUGAGGAAGAGAAUGAUAAGAAGGAGAAGAAACCCAGUCAGUAUAAGUGGGGUCAUGUGGUGGCUGAAAACUUCGGUCAGGGCGGGGUGCGAGAGGUCAAGGAGGUACUGAGCACGAUCAAGGGCACACUCGUGGAGAUGCCGUUACUUUUCCUAAAGGACGAGGAUAUCGCUAAGGAAGGACUUGGGCUGAAUGCUUUCACUGAGGAAGUGUAUACCUGAUCUGGGAGUGACCAUCAGGAUUUGGCGGGGAGGAUCAGCGCAGGAACCUUGGAAGCUAUGUGGGCAUCAGCCAGAAUCACGAAACUAGAUCUGUACUAAAAAAAAAAAAAAC